ACGCAUGACAAUGUUACAGGAGAGUUUGGGACUUACCAAAUGAUCCAGUUCUCGCUGCACAUUCUGGCCGCCAUGACGGCUGGGCUCCACAUGUUGUCCAUAGUCACUGUGGCUGCAGUUCCUGCACACAGGUGUGCUAUACCAGAGAUUGGUGAGAAUGAAACUAAAAUAUGGAAUGAUACAUACUGGGGACAUGGUCCUGAAGACCUCAACCUGUACAUUCCACCAGGAAAAGAUGGCCAUCAUGACUCUUGCAACAUAAUGGACCCCGAUACUAAUGUCACCAGUUCUUGUGAACGAUGGGUAUACGAUACAACAUAUUACAAGUCCUCCAGAGGAAUGGAGUGGAACUUUGUAUGCGAAGAUCGGUGGAAAGGGUCCAUAGCACAAUCCAGUUACAUGUUUGGGGUGUUCGCUGGAGCUGUUACACUGGGCAGUCUAGCUGACUCAUAUGGGCGCAAGACAAUCUUCUAUAUUUCUGCCAUCCUACAGUUAGUUUUGGGAGUGGGAGUUGCAUUUGUUUCAGAAUAUUAUUUCUUCUUGCUUACAACAUUUUUAUAUGGCAUUUUUGGUUCAGCCGGAUCUUAUAUUACAGGAUUUGUUUUAACGAUGGAGAUAGUCGGAGCAUCAAAGCGAACAGCUUGUGGCAUCACGUUCCAAGCAAUGUUCGCCUUUGGAGUGAUGUUGGUGGCUUUUUGGGGAUUUCUCAUCAAAGACAGAGUCUGGCUCCAAGUUGUGUAUGGUGCUCACAGUGCUCUACUCUUAUUUCACUGGUGGCUGAUAGAUGAGUCACCGAGAUGGCUUUGGUCUAAAGGCAGAAUAUCUGAAGCAGUUAACAUUGUGGAGCGAGCUGUCAAACUCAAUGGUGGAGAGCCGAUAGAUAAAGCCCACUACAUAUCAAGGGGUAAAGCAAGCUCUGCUUCAGCAGAAGAACAGAAUUACAGUCUGCUGGAUAUGUUCAGAACACCGAAACUGCGCUUGAAGUCUCUCAACAUGUGCCUUAGCUGGUUUGCAAAUAGUUUGGUUUACUACGGUCUCUCUCUCAACACUGGAAAUCUUGCUGGAAACCCUUACUUUAUCCUGUUUGUGAUGGGCAUCAUUGAAAUGCCUAGUUACCUGUUGUCUGUGAUAUUCCUGGACAAGGCAGGACGACGCUGUCUUACAGCCUCAUUCUUGCUGAUUGGUGGACUUGCCUGCCUCAUCGCAGCUUUCACGCCUAAGGGUAAUUCAUGUGUAAUUCUGGUUAAUUUUUGUAGCAUAAUCUUUUGUAGUUUAUGUGGAUGAUCAGAAGUUCUAGAC